AUGUUUCAAGUCAGCAGCAGCGGCGGGAUGCGUAAGCUGCCCGGCAAGCACAACUCCCCCAUUGCCGUGUCGGUUCCUGGGGGUCUGACGCGUGUGGCAAGCGCGCGUCAAGGCAAGCGUCGUGCAUCACGAGUGUUUUACGUGGGUUGCCUUUCUGCCGUUGCCUUGAUGCUCGUCUGCGCGUGUGUGUACUACUUGGCCCUCUCAGAAGGCCUCGAGAACUCGAUACGACUCGCUGUUGCCGAUCAGCCGACUGCCCGGGAGAACUUUAUCGCGAACUGGAUGAAGGAGAUGGCGGCUCGCAGAGAGCAGAAAUGGACGACGAGCCCACCAGCCACGGCGCAUGGGAUCGUGGAGAGAGGGAAGCCAACGACAUCAAGCACUACUCCCACCCCAACUGCGGCGCCAUCCUCUCCGCCUCCCAUGGCGACACCACCGGUCCUUACAAGGGAUGAAGACACACCAACUUUAUACCCGGACAUCGACAAACCCAAACCCGAAGCGCCGCUAUCCCAGACGGACUUCCCUGAGGCUACGCCCUUUACAACAGCGGCGACGGUAGAUCUGCGCACGGUGAGGCCAGACAUGUACGAGUUAGAUGGUGCGCAGCACACGGACCACGGCGAGCACGUCCCAGAGGAGCCGCACCUCCUGCCUGGGCUGCAGAUCCGGCGGCGCACCUUCACCCCGGCGGAGCUGCUGGAGCGCUUCGGCGACACGGACAUCAUCUACAGCUUCGUGAACGGCAGCGAGGCGAACCACCAGUAUCGGAAGCAGAUUCACCGGGUUUGCAUGCAGGCCAUACUCGACGCCGAGAGCAACGCCUUUCAUGCCUCCAUACUCGCCCCUGUCUCCGCUUACCACAAUGAUGCUCCGAGGUGCCUGCCCAACUUUCUGUGGAGUCACAUCGGCCCUGAAAAGACCGCAGCCGACCUUGUUCGUGCUGUCGAAGCUGCUGCCCGCCACGGCGCCGACAACCGUGACCGCGAGACGGACGAGCUGCGGCACAGCCUGCGGAGCGUGGAGCAGCACGUGCGGUGGCACCGCGGCCGCGUGGUGAUGGUGUCGCCCGGGCACCACCCGACGUGGGUGGACGGCGCGAAGAACUUCCUUGCCGGGAUGUGCGGCGGUGCGCGCGUGCAGGCGCUGCGGUCGAGCGGGACGCACCUGCGCGUGACGACUGUGCACCAGGACGCCGUGAUGCCGUACGGGAUGCGACUGACGGUGGACUCGCACGUGAUCGAGCAGCACCUGUGGCGCGUGCGCAACGUGACAUCCGUGCACGUGUACAUGAACGACGACUACUUUGUGAACCGCGACGUCGCGAUCACGGACCUGCUCAACGAGUACGGCGGCACGAUUGUGCGGACGGAGAGGGGCAUCAUUGCGGCCGGCGCUGUCGCAGAUGGAGGCGCUUCCUGGGCAAAGGGCGUGCUGCACACGCAGCAGUUCAACACGCAAGAGCUGGACGUGCUGCACGAGGACUACCUGCCGGAGGCCCUCGUCACCAUGUGGGACAGUCUGAAGCGCGUAAACAGGAGCGCUAGCGCCGCUGCCGUGACUUCUAUUUCCGUACCACCCCUUGACGAGGCGGUCGAUGUCGCGCAUCAAUACGAACCAGACCCGCUGCCCAGCAAGUCGCUCAUGCCACGCCGCCCGCGCCGAUACGCCACCCACGCGCCGUUCGCGUACUGCGCGAACAUGUUCCGCUUCUUCGAGACCCGCUACGAGCGCGAGUUUGCCGCCGCAGCGCUUCGCCACCGCAGUCGCAAGGCGCGCGACCUGUUCAUCCCGUUCGUGUACAACGCCUUCAUCAUGGCGCGGCCGUGGCAGGCGUCGCCGAAGUUCCUGCCGUACCUGCUGGAGCUGCACCGGAGCCGACGACUGGGGCGGACGGACGCGAUGUCGCCGACGCAGAUCGUGCUGGACAACGAGGACGGCUGCGGCCCCGCAUCGCUGCUCAGCGGCGCAGCUGAGUCUGAUUGCGUGUUUGCCAAGUUCCUGAACAACUUGACGCUGAACGAGGCGGUGGUGGAGCGCGUGCGGCAGGUGAACCCGCUGUACUUCAACAUCAACGCCGGGUUCAGCAGCGCGGAGGCUUCGGACCAGCUGCGCCGCUUCCUGCACGGCAAGUUUCCGACACCGGUGUACCUGGAGGUGGGCGGCAGGACGAGUUCUGCCGGGGCCGCCGCAGCUGCUGAGGAGGGAGCGCUGUCGAGGCUGUUUGGCGACCUGAUGGCGCUGCCGGUGGUGGGCGUUGUGUCGUACGAGGAGGGCGUGUGCCCGCUUGUGCGGAGCCUUGCGCUUGCGUUCGCGGGGCACCACCGUGGCGGCGUGCGUGUGAGCGUGGAGCAGCACGGCGGCGCGACGCUGCGUGAGGCGCGCGCUGCGCUUGGGCACCGCGUUGUGAGCGCGAUGCCUGCGCCUGCGUGCACGUACAAGGAGCAGGUGAGCGUGGACCCCGCGGCACGGGGUGAGAGCGUUGCCGAGAUUGCCCGCCGCGCCAUGGGCGAAAUGCGGGGCGGCGUGGAGCUGCCGUGGACGUGCGGCGGGGGCGGCGCUGGGCUGCGCGUGCGCGGGUUCGUGGUGGACGCGCGGACGCGUGGGGCGCCUGUGCGGAGCGCUGCUGCGCUGCGGGACGCGCUUGCGGUGCCUGCGCAGACGCUGUCGCUGGAGGACUUCCGCGCCGUUGCUGUUGGGCCGUCGGAGGGCGACGUGGUGCUGGUUGUGUCGCGCGAGGACGCGGAGGCGCAGGCGGUGCACUGGGUGAAUGGGGCGUCGGAGAGUGACCUGCUCCUGACGUACCCGCUGCCGGUGGAGGCGUACGAGGACAUGGACGCGGAGGUGCGGUGGUCGGUGCCGUAG